AUGGCAGUGCAGGAGCUGCACGCUGCAGCCGUAGAGAGGCGGCGGCGGAUGGCUGGAAAGGUGGAAGCUGGAGAGGGAGGAUCCGCUUCUCGUAUAUACGCUGCCAGCCCUUCCUGGGAUUCUGCCACAGACGCCGCCGCCACUUCCUGUAAGGCCGCCACCACCUCCUACAAGGCUACCGCCACCAGGUACUCCAGUGGGUCAGAUGCUACCAGCUACUUCAAUGGGUCCAAGUCCACCAGCUACUUCAGAGGGUCCAGUGCCACCAGCUACUCCAGUGGGUCAGAUGGCCCCAGCUACUCCAAUUGGUCCAAUGCCACCAGCUCCUCCAGUGGGUCCGACGCCGCUUCCAGCCUCCUCCAGCGCUGCAGCCAGCCUCGCCUUGUCUCUAGCUCCACAACCAGUCUCGUCUCCUGCUACGCAGCCAGUUUCAGGGAAGUUCACUAUAUGAGACAGUUACUUUGUGAUUAG